GCCACCCGACGCCGACACACACACACACACACGCUUCGAGGGACUGCUACCAGCUCCCUGUCUCUCUUCAGCCUUUGGGAGAGUGUCGUGGUGCGUGCGGCGGGGAGGGCUCUGGCUGUCUUUUCCCUCCCUUGAGCAGUAGCAGCGGCAGCGGCAGCAGCAACGUGCGUGCGCGUGUGUAAAUCUGGGAGAGAUUUGGGAGGUUUAGGGGCUCGUUGCCAUGGCUCCCUCAAAGCUCUGCCGAAGGAGAUAUUGAUGCAAGUCACGGAGGGACCCUUCUUCCUUUCUGUAUGCUUGCGAUUUUCUUCCCUUCUCGUUCUCUUUCUCUCCUUCCCUUUUCCCUUUUGGCGGAGAAGGCAAAGUGAUUAAUUUGGCGAGCCGGGACGGGGCUCUCCGCUCCUCGCACCCAGCAAGCUGGAGCCGGACUCCGGGGCAAACUCCUGCCUCUUCUCCGCGAGAUCCACACGCCCACCUGCUACCCCGGUUGGUCGCCACCACAGCACACCCCGGUGCCCGCAAGGUGCUGUGAACUUAGAAGAAUGAAACAGAUUUGAAUAUAUCAUCUGAUCCAGGGCUUGAAAAAGGAGGAGCUGGUGUUACUGGCCGCAUCAACUGAAACCGUUCCCAAGAAGCUGCAGCAGACGUUGCACUGGACACCUACUUGGGGACUACAGUAGAUGUGGAUGGGGCAUCAAGACUGCUACGGAGGCUUUACUCUUCAGGACUGUGUUAAGCUGAAAAAGAGGAGAACCGCAAGACACAUUUCAAUCUGUUUGGACUCCCUGUUUACAGACAAGAGAUGGAGAUGUCAUUAAACACAAAAGGGAUCACUGUGUGCCUGCUUCUCUUUGUAUUAAGUUUGGCAGCAGCUACUGAAAUACCGCUUUCUGUACCACAGCUCCCAACAAUCACAGAACAACCAACUGAUCAAGUUGCAUUCCCUUUUGAUGAAGAGUUUACAAUCAAGUGUGAAGCUAAAGGGAAUCCACAUCCAAACUUUACUUGGAAAAAGGAUGGGAAACUAUUUGAUCUGAGAGGUGAUCCAAGGAUACUUAUGUCCAACAAUUCAGGAACGUUUGUUGUUAGAAAUCGUGGGAAUAUAUCCAUGUUCCAAGGAAGAUAUCGCUGCAAUGCUUCCAACGAGCUAGGAACUGCUAUGUCAGAGGAGAUAGCACUCGUAGUUCCAGGUAUUCCUAAAUUCCCCAAAGAGAAGAUUGACCCUAUAGAGGUAGAACAUGGUGAUGCAAUGGUCUUGCACUGUAACCCUCCCAAAGGAAUCCCACCAUUGCACAUUUACUGGAUGAACAUUGAUUUGCAGCACAUCCCACAAGAUGAAAGAGUGUCCAUGAGCCUUAAGGGAGAUCUUUUCUUUGCAAAUGUGGAGGAAAAUGACAGCCGGAGUGAUUAUUGCUGCUUUGCUGCGUUUCCUAGGCUAAGGACUAUUGUACAGAAAAUGCCAAUGACACUGACAGUUACACGUUCAAAACAUACUAAUGAUUCCAGUUCACCUAAUACUGCUAAGGCAAAUUUAAUCAAGGAAAGAAAACCAAAACUUCUUAUUCCUGUAUCUUCUGGCCAUAGUUCAGAAGUGACUGUCAUGAAAGGAUCUGAUAUUUUUCUGGAAUGCAUUGCUGAAGGCCUUCCAACACCACAUCUAAUCUGGAGAAGGGUUGACAGAGGCAGGCUUGACAGAGGAGUCACAGAGAAUUUUGGGAAGAUAUUGAAGAUAGAACAAGCCGCUGCAGAUGAUGCAGGGCUCUAUGAAUGUAUUGCCAAGAAUGCUUUGGGAGAAACAAAACAUCAGUUCACUGUUGGUGUUGAAGAGCCACCCACAUGGGUAAUGAAACCAAAAAGUGGAGUUUACGGUAUUGGCGAAAGUUUUGUGUUGUUGUGCCAAGCCAUUGGCUAUCCUGAGCCGACUAUAAAGUGGAAAGUGAACGGCAUGCCUCCUGAUGAGACAGAAAUAAAAUCCAACAGGGCUGCUUUUUCAACAAGAGAGAUCAGUGUCACUGAUCUAGAGCUACAAGACAGUGCGGUGUACCAAUGCGAGGCUACUAACAAGCAUGGCACCAUCCUUGCCACAGCAAACAUUGAUGUUCUGAACAUUCCUCCAGAAAUGUUAACUCCAGAUGGUGAAGAAUAUGUUGCAGUUGUGGGUUACCCAAGCCACCUGUACUGUCAGUUUUUUGCUGUACCUUCACCUGAUGUUUCUUGGACUAAAGAUUACAGCAUGCAACAUCUCAACCCUGAUCAGAAUGGAACCCUAGAAAUCAGAGUAACAAGAAAGGAAGACGCUGGGUCUUAUACUUGCUUGGUGAAAAAUUCUGCUGGGAGACGUGCUAUCACCGCUACUCUUACUGUCAGAAAUGCUACCAGAAUAUCUGUUCUACCUAAGAACCCUCAAGUUUUAAAAUCGCAUUCAGUUUUAUUGAAAUGUCAUUCUGAGUGUGACUCACAUUUGAAACAUCACUUUAAAAUUUCUUGGAGAAAGGAUGGAGAGGAGCUUUUAAAAAAUGACACCGAGGAUGGAAGAAUAAUUAUGGAGAUGGACACCUUGUUUAUACCAAAUGUGGAAUUAGAAGAUCAGGGAGUGUACACCUGUGUAGGCACUACAUCUCUUGACAGUGCUACAGAUGAUUCCCGUAUAACUGUCCUCUAUGUCCCUGACCCACCUGAAGACCUCCGCCUCUCAGAAAAGCGGGACAGAAAUGUUAGGCUAUCAUGGAAUGCUGGAAGCAGUAACAACAGUCCAAUUAAUGAAUCUAUUGUGGAGUUUGAAGAGAACCGGUGGGAGCCCCGAAAGUGGCAGGAAUUAAUCAGGCUCCCAGGGAAUGAUACUACAGUUGUUUUGCCACUGGCUCCUUAUGUAAACUACCAAUACCGUGUUAUAUCUGUUAAUGCUGUGGGGAGAAGCCAGCCUAGUGAACCAUCAGAACGAUAUGAAACACCUCCGGCUGCUCCAGAUAAGAACCCAGAAAACAUCCGAAUUGAAGCUUCUGAACCACAUGAGAUGAACAUGACAUGGGAGCCACUAAAGCCCAUAGAACAAAAUGGUCCCGGGCUGGAAUACAAAGUGACUUGGAGACAACAGGACAAUGCCGAAUGGGAUGAAGAAACGGUGAAAAAACAUUUCUUGGUAUUGAAGAACACCCCCACCUUUGUACCUUAUGAUAUCAAAGUCCAGGCAGUGAAUAACUUUGGAUCUGGCCCUGAGCCCAAUAUAAUAACUGGCUAUUCAAGCGAGGACAUUCCAGAAGCUGCUCCUUCCAAUGUAAUUGUGCAUGCCAUCAACAGUACUCUAGCUAAAGCCAUCUGGUCUACAAUUCCAAAGGACAGAGUUCGUGGGCACCUCCGAGGCUAUAAGGUCAGCUGGUGGAAAAUACGAAGUCGUUUGGAUGGGAAGAGCCGUCACCCAGAGAAGCAUUUCCUGACGUUUAACGCAGAUAGAAAUGAUGGAAUGAUUCCUGGACUAGAGCCUUUUAGUGAAUACCACUUAACAGUUUUGGCCUUUAAUUCCAAAGGAGCUGGACCAGAAAGCCCUACAUAUACAUUUCAAACCCCAGAAGGAGUCCCAGAAAAACCACACUUCCUAAAGAUACUAAACUUAGAUAAAGACUCAGUAACACUAUCAUGGGGACUACCUAAGAAACCAAAUGGUAUUGUCUCUGGAUAUAUUUUGCAGUACCAGAGAAUUAAUGAAACUGAUGACAUUGGACCCUUGCAUGAAAUCAAUAUUACCAACCCUUCAUCAUUCAGCUUCAGGCUUUCCAAUCUGAGCAUCAGCACGAAGUAUAAGUUCUAUGCAAGAGCCUGUACUGUACAAGGUUGUGGGAAAGCAAUCACAGAGGAAGCUGUAACAAUAAGCGAAGGCAGUAAAGCUGUCGGGAAGAUUUCUGAAGCAGUAAAUCCCACCCUAAAGACUCAGCCUCUUGAGGCUCUUGAGCCUGGAACUGCACACACAGUUCGACUAGUGACUAAGAACUGGGUUGAUAAUAAUAGCAUUUCUGCAGAUGUAAUAGAGUCAAGGGGGAGAGCUUCCAUUGGAAUUUAUGAAAGGAUCUCUACGCAAGGCUGGUUUAUUGGACUGAUGGCUGCCAUUGCUUUGCUUACCUUAUUGUUGCUUACAGUCUGCUUUGUUAAAAGGAACAAAGGAGGGAAAUAUUCAGUGAAAGAAAAAGAAGAUUUGCAUCCAGAUCCUGAAGGCCAAUCCAUAAAAGAUGAAAUCUUUGGGGAAUAUAGUGACAGUGAUGAAAAGCCACUCAAAGGAAGCCUGCGGUCUCUUAACAUGGACAUCAAAGGUGCAGAAAGUGCUGAUAGUCUGGUGGAUUACGGAGACGGGGACCACAGAAUGUUCAAUGAAGAUGGUUCCUUUAUUGGAGCUUACACAGGCUGUAAGGAAAAAGCAUCAAUUGAAAGUAUUGGGAGUUCUACAGCAACCUUUCCGCUCCAUGCAUAAAAUAUUAGCAUGAAUGGUUCAUUUCAAAUCACCAUAUUUAUCUUUUACCAGUCAUCAAAUAUCAUACAGGUCAGAUAUAGGCUGCCAAAAAGUUCAAGACCUCAACUUCCAGCCUAUAUAGAAAUGGGCGGUUGACUUAGACAGCUGCUUUUUGAGACUCUUCUUCCUCAAGACACAGAUGUUUUCAUUUAAUUAAAAUAUGACUCAGACCUACAAUUUGGUAAGACAUAUGGCACUCAGUCUGACCAAAACCAUGGCUACUUCAGUGUUAUAUAUGUACAUAGGGAUCUGAUACCUUCUAUGUUUCUUACAAUCCAGUCCUAUAUAUGUAUGUGUGGCUGCUGCAGCAGCACUCAAAACAGCUUACACUAACGGUUACCAUGGCAUCUUUGGUUUGGAUAGUGGGUCAUAGCUGUCCUGAAGUGCUUCCUCCCAGCUGUAAACACAUUUUAAUAGGUGACUACCAAUUCUUAGAUGUGUAGGAUGGUGCUGGCAUGGGUGACCCCAUGUUGGCCAAUGUCUUUAGGAUGCUAUCCAAGCAAACCACUGCCAGUCCUGUCUGGGCUACACCCUCUGUGCUGUUCAGUUCUGUGCUGCACAGUAACUCUUGCUAAACCAAUGUAUUCCAACUGCCAGAGGUGGCUGUUGCUCAUGUGCUAACACUGACCCAUGGUACCAGUCUGACAACUUGUAUCCAGAACAACUCCAGUUCAAUGUACUCUGUUACUUGUGUACUAUAUUUCGAAUACUUUUUUGGCACACUGUAGCGAAUAGGAUUGGUCCUUAAAUUAGAUCUUCCUCCUUCUGUAUUUUUCUGUUAAACCCCAUUUCCUAAUAAUUUCAUAACCCCAGUAUUUACAGGGACCAGACUCAGAGAAAUCAACAAAAUACCUUGUGCUAAAACCCUACAUAGUAAAAUUUCUUAAUGGAUGCAUUCCAUACUCUUUAUUAUUUAAUGUCCUAAAGAACUCUUCCCCAUUGAUUAUAGAAUUUGUAUUCUGUGUCAAUGGCAGGGGAUUAGAAAUGCAGCAUGAUCUACCUUCUGUCAAGAAGAUGGUUUCAAACUUUCUGAAGCAUUUGGUUAAAAUCUCUCUUUUCUGACCACUAGCUGGCACUCUUUCUUUAUGCAAUCAACUGUAACAGCUUCUGGUUGUGGAAAGCAUAUGGCUGAUUCAGAGUGAUUGAGUUGCAGUCAGCUCAAGCAGGAAAAGAUCCUUCCCACCCCACCGCACCCAGCAUCUAUUUUAAGCAAAGUGCUGUCGUUAGAGGCGAAAUGGGUUUAUCAGCAGUACCCUAUCUGUAUAUUUGUAUGUCCACAUACCUUUUUGUGAAUUCUUGUACAUAUUAUGUUUAUAUUGAUACAACUGGGGCAAGCCACAGUAGUUGGGUGUUGUUGUUGUUGUUGUUGUUGUUUUGUGAUUGGCUUUGCAGCAAGACACAAUGGUAGCACAGUACUACAGAGCUGAGUAGCAACUGAGAAUCUCCUGUAAAGUGUAGUUUAUAUGAAUGAGAUUCAUUUCCCAUACAAACAUGUUGAGAAACAUUUCUGCCGUGUUGAAUUCCCCCCCCCACUCCUGUUUAAAAAAAUGUUUCUUCCAAAUCCCCCAGCCGUGAAUAUUUUAAAAUUCAUUGGAGGCUCAACUUGCAUUGUGUUGAAUCAAAGCAAAUGUCGUUACUGAAAAAAGUAUUUUAUGUAUGAUGAUGAUGAUGAUGAUGAUUUAGUCCCAGCAGAGUUAUUUCUUUUGGGCAUGUAAAACAGCUGUUACCCAGAGCUAAAAAUAGUCCAGUGAGUGAUAUACACAUGCAACCAUGGUAAUUACAGUGAUAUCAGAGGUUGUUGCAUGAAAAAUUAUGCCAGGGUGAGAUAUCUCAGCAUUUUGUUGUGAACAUGAUUUGUUUGUGACUCAGCCUUAUUCCAUAUUAUUUGGUAGGUAUUUAAAUAUUCAUACUGUUCAAUAUGGUGCAUGCAUUUUUUUUAUUCUGAGCAUGUACAAAUAUUAUGCUACUUUGGUUCUCUUUUGAGGUGAUUAUGGAUACCAUUUAACAAACACUGAUUGGGUUGGGAGCUGGCUCCAUUGACUGUCAGUAGGGCUUGGAAUCUUGGUGUCCUCAAAGGGCUUCAGCCUAGUGCAAAAAUGAUCCCUACUGACUAUGCUGCAAUCUCAGUUGCUUUUAGAGCAUUUUGGGCCAGGGUUUAUGACAGAUAAUUUAGGCUCUUACACCAGUUCACACAUGCAGUGCUUCUGGCCUGGUCCACAGCUGACUGGGAAUACUGUGCCAUUAGGACUGGCCAUGUGUUAUUGUUUAUCAGCUGAUAUCUGGAACAGAGUAAAGAAACUUAUUUUUAGCCUUUCUGUGGUAUUUUGGAAAACAGCAAAAUUUGAACUUGGUAUGCAGAGGCAGCAAUGCCUUCCUUCUUUGUGCACACACCGUGGAGGAAGAAUCUCAGCCAAAGUCUAAUGUGCCUUCUGUAGAACGGCUAAAGAGCAGAAUGGAUGCAAAGUGUUCCUUGUGCUUCAUGGCACACAAUGGCAUAAGCUCCUACAAGUGGAAAAUAGCUUGUGACACCUUCACUUCUCUAGUACUCAAAGUGCAAGGUUGGCCUCCCAAAGUGAGAACAAAAACCUGCUAAGGGCAAAACAAAAGCCCUGCUAAGGCAUUUGGUAUCUUGUUGACCAUCAAUUAAUGACAGUAUGUAUCCAACUUUUAAAAAUGCUUUAUGGUGCAACCACAAUAUUCCUCUUGUUUCCCAUUUCUCAUAUGAGUGCUUUUAUCUAUUCCAUUUUUUCCUUCAGAAGAUAUAAACCUCCUACUGGGAGGAAGGGCGGGAUAUAAAUCUAAAAAAUAAAAUAAAAAUAAAUAAUGUGACACGUCAAAGCUUAAAAAAUCACAAAAUGACAAAAGAAACUGCACAAUGGAAAUGUUUAACAUCUGCAUUUUGUUAAAUAUGUGUUAGCUGAAUAUUAAUGAACAAUGUGAGAUUUAUUAUUUUUUUAAAAAAGCUGCCUGUUAUUAUCUUUCCAGUAACACUUUUUGAACACUUCUUUUAAAAAACAUUGAAACUUCUGAAAAUUUCUGCACAAGUAAAUGGUUACAUUGUUCUUUUGAGAGACAGAUGUUAUAAAAAAUAAUUAUUAAUGUUUUCCACUAUGAGCUUAAUUGUUCAAGCCAGGAUACGUGUUUUGAUUUUAGCAGGCAUGUCCUGUUCUUUUUCCCCUUUAACUGUGAAUUUGAGAUGACAAUAGUGUUAAUGUAUCAUCUUAAAAGCAGAGGUUAUGUUGAGCCUCUCUAUGCAUUUGGAGCUAUAAAACUCCAGGAAUAUUAAAUAUUUGCCACUUUAUAUGCUGAGCUGAUAAACUGACAUUGUAUGCUUAGAUUUUUUUUUAUAAAAAGCUUGUGUGAAAGGGCUGGUUCAUACCUGGAAGCUUCUUUUCUUCAUUUGGUUCCCCCAAACUGUCUCCAGAUUUGGAAACUAUGGAGAAUUGUCAAGGUAAACCAGAUUAUACUCAGCCACAGCCAGGAACAGCAAGGGAAAACCUGGGGGGGAAAUGUGAUAGCUGGUAUUUAAACUACUGUCUUACUGCCACCACCGAUUAUCAGAUGACUUGAACAGCACAUUUGGACAAUAUAUUUGCAUGCUAAAUUAACAUUGUAAAAAAAUGAUCUCAUGGAGACUUUACCAUGGCAAAAGCAGCAUGAGAAUUGGUCUAAGAUUACAAAGUGAGACUUGACAUGGUUUAAAGGGUUUCAAAUGAUAUGAAUAAUGCAACGUAACAACCCAUCAUAAGCUACUCGCCCUUGCUGGAAGACAAGAUAUAACAAACUCUUCUUUGUUUGAUUAUAUUUAUAAAGAUUGUACUGAAAGCAUUUCAAUAACGGAGUGGUCCCAAUCAUAUCCGUGAGAUUAUAUACUGUAGUAGCUAUUUUGAGGAUUUUGAACACAGAAAUAGUUUUGGAGCUCUUUUGCAUGGGAUAUUGCCUCAUUGUUGUGGGGAAAUUGCCCAAAACGCAGGAGGAAUCAUUCUUGUCAUGGUUAUAAAAUUUCCAUUAACCUGGCAAAAGAACAAGCUCUUAAAAACAAUGAUUUGUUUCAGUCAGAAUAGAAGUUUUUAACCUCCGAGGAUGCAAACCUGUGCAGACUUUCCUGGGAGUAAGCUCUCUUGAACAUAAGCCCUGUUCAGGCAUUUACACUUACACACACACACACACACACACACACACACACACACACAGAUGCACAUGAGAGGGAAAGUAGGGACACGCUCAUUUGCCCUGCCCACAUUGUUCGGCUCCAUCAAGCCAACCCCCACAUGUUGGAGGGAUAAUUUCAGCAGUGGAUAGCCUGAACUACAUGAUAUAGGUUACACGAUCUGCUGGGUGCAACCCCAUGGGCAGAUGUUCAGGGAGUUCAAGAUGAGUGGGAUUUUUUAAUAGUGAGAAAUCAUGGGUAUAUUUACAAAUAAACCAUGGGGGCUGCAGAUCUGGAUUCUAAAUUGUUUGGUAAAACUCCAUGUGUAGAGCAGGCUCCCCACAGCCAAAUUUGCCCCUCCAACCCAUGGACAGUGAUAGAGGCAAGCAGUAGGAAUGUGACAGAGGGGACAGAGCCAAGGAGCACAAAUUCACACACUGCAAUUCCCCUCGCAGAAUUCUCAUUAUGUGCAAGGUGCCAGCCCCGGGCAUGGCAAAUGUGGGAUCUUUUUCAGAGUAAGCACAGGAUUACACUGUAAAUCUGCCAUUCAAAAUCUUAAAAUGUUUACAUGACAAUACCAUCCUUAUUCACCUCAAAUCUCCAAAUUUGUAAUUUUUCAGCUUUUGCACAGGAUUGGUCAGAGCCAAAGCAUAGACUUUUUAAGAAACAAAAAACAAAACAAAAAAUUCUUCUUGGAAAAAGAUUGGGACAUAAGUACUAGGUUCAUACUGUUACUUUUUGAAAUCAACGUUAGUGGAAAUUUAUUAAGGCUUAGAAAAAUGUGUUUGUAUUGUAGUUGCUGUUUGUAUCAUGCCUAUGUAUAUGUAUGGUUUAAAAAAAAUAUUUUCA